AUGGACUCGGGUGAGCCAACACCCGCGUACCAAUUGGUCAUCGGCAACGACCACCCACCCGAAGGCGGGUUGACACAUGGCACGGCGCAAAGCACGAGCGAAGGCGUCCCAACUAAAGUGAAGGGGCGGGGUUGGAAGGCGAAACCUUACUGCCAGAAUACAUGGUCCACGCGACAAGACGGCCAGCGUAGACUUGAGGCGCUCCUCAACAAGGCUGCGAACACCCCAGAUUUCAAGCCUGCAUCUCUGACAGGUGAUAGGCUGUCAGGGGAUGCGGCACAGCUUCUCGUGGACUUUAUUCAGCGGCCCGUUAUACGUCAGCAGCUGCAGCCUCUUGGCGUGGGGACCAUCCUCGGCAAGAAGCGAAAGAAGAAGCCCCUGCUGGAUGAGGACGGCAAUCCCACGCUGACAGCGAAGAAGAAGAAGCCGGUACUGAUCUCAGAGGAUACUGGGCGGCGUGUGAAGACGCGACUAUCCGCUCAGCAGACCGAGUAUAUGCAGGAAAGAUUCGCGGAGAAGCCGCGGUGGAAGCCGCAAGAGUGUGCUGAGCUGCUCAAGGUGCUCAACACGAUGGGGCCAGAGGUGACAGCUGACCAGGCGUACAGAUGGUUCGACAACAGGCGAAACAAGAAGCCCACGAAGGUGUCAUCGGCCAUGAACGAUAGCGGGGCGACGACCUCACACAUAAUGAAAACCAGCAGGAUCAGCAAAGAUGAAAGGGAGAUGCUGGAGACAGCGUACUCUCAAGACUGUGCGCCGGACAUGCACAAGCGCGCAGCCAUCGCCGCCGCGAUUGGGAUCUCAACGCGCCAGGUGACAAACUGGUUCGCGCGACGACAGGCUUCACAACGUCCCGCGAUGCCGCGCUCCCUGCUGGCCAACGUUGACCACGGAGGAGGGGAUGACAUCGGCUUGCUGAGCAGGGGACUGGUCGAGGGGCUGCUGCCUGGCGCCUCGACGGCGGGAGUCCAGGGCGGGUCUCAGAUGACCUUACCGGAAACCCUCGCUGCUCAGAGCGACUUAGGACUAGGAAUUCAUCACCCGGAACUGUACGGCAAUCUACCCACUUCCCACUCGCCCGUUCCCCAGGGUGUGGUCACACGGGUGUGGGGAUGGUAA